AUGCGGAUCAAUCCUUGGCGUCAGUAUCCACCAUUCAAAUCGACAAGUUACAUUACACUUCCCAAUUUGACACAAGAAAGGAUCUUCGGCUUCUUCAGCGCAAGGUCAGGGCAGGAGUGGGUCGGCCAUCUUCUCAGCUGGUGGUGGCGACACGAAGUACCAUCUCCCACAGCUGUAUCUCACGGUGAUUCCUCCUACUCUUGGAGUACUAGAAUUUCGAGCUGCCAUAUUGCAAGGACGUCACGAGAUAAUACGAUGUUAGGAUGCCCAAGGCAAAAAACUAUUGAGCCUAAUUUACAUCAGUCUUUUCUAAGGAGAUAG